ACAGUUUCCGGGUUUGAGCCCGUUGAAACUGAUGGACGUGUUUUCGGUGUGUCGUUAACUCUUUGGUCGAGUCUCAAAACUGUUUCAAACAUUCGUUAAUCGUGUGUUUGUUGGGCAGAGUUGCUUAAACUGUUUUAAAGUGGCCACGUGUUGUUUCCACUGUCGCUUUUCGUCUCGUUAGCUUCACCGUUAGCCGAGUCAAGCUAACGAGAUAGAGGCCGCACCGGAAGUGCGCUGUGAUGACUUUCAAAGUAAAACACACCACAACACGCUUGAGGAUAAAUCCUUUUAUUUUGAAACUUCCAAAAGUUGGCUGAACUUCUUUAAAGAAAAAAAAUCGUUGUGUCAUGCUUGACACUGGCGCGACCACUAUAGUUGCACGUAUUUUGCUACGUUGUAUUUUCCUUACAUUGCGUGUCUGUGGUGGUUUUAGAGGCGGCGUGGCAGCACUGAUACUUUGACAGCGUGUGUUUUUGUUACGCCGACAGCUGGGUGGUCAUGUUAGACACGGUGUGCACGGUUUUGUAGGAGUCUUUCAGAAAGAGUUGUCGUAAAGGCCUGUUCGUGUUAUUUCCAUCACUGCCACUGGCUAACAAGUCCCUAAACAGAAAUGUCACUGGAGGACUAUGAAAGACAUUUCGACUCGCUAAAUUCAGAGUUGGGCGGCGGGUCUGUGGUCAGUGAGCGAUCAGCGUCGGGCACGUUUAAUGGCGAAGAGGAGAAGUUGCAUUACAUUCCUAUCCGGAUCCUCGGGAGGGGGGCGUUUGGUGAAGCAACCCUGUACAGAAGAACAGAGGACAAUUCUCUGGUGGUAUGGAAGGAGGUGGACCUGAACUCGCUCUCGGAAAAGGAGCGCAGAGAUGUCAUGAACGAAAUAAGCAUCCUCUCCAUCCUAGAGCACAACAACAUCAUAGCCUACUUCAAUCACUUCAUGGAUAAAAACUCCCUGCUCAUUGAGUUGGAGUAUUGCAAUGGAGGAAAUCUGUAUGAUAAAAUUAACCAACAGAAGGGGAAACUUUUCAGUGAAGAGGUGGUCAUAUGGUACCUGUACCAAAUUGCCUCAGCAGUGUCCCACAUCCACAAGGCUGGGAUCUUGCACAGAGAUAUUAAAACUCUUAACAUUUUCCUGACCAAGACUGACCUCAUCAAACUAGGCGACUACGGCCUUGCAAAGAAGCUAGACUCUGAGUUUUCAAUGGCGGAGACUUGUGUGGGAACUCCUUAUUACAUGUCACCAGAAUUGUGCCAGGGAGCAAAAUACAACUUCAAAUCAGACAUCUGGGCCAUGGGUUGUGUAAUUUUUGAAGUCUUAACUCUUACAAGAACAUUUGACGCAACGAACCCCCUGAACCUCUGUGUGAAAAUAGUCCAGGGCAACUGGACUAUGGAAGUGAACUCGGAUGUUUAUUCGCCUGAACUGAUCAAACUGGUUUAUGAGUGCCUCGAUCAAGAUCCUGCAAAAAGGCCAACAGCUGAUCAGAUUCUGGACCAGCCAGUCAUCUCCUGCUACAGGCAGGAGCUGGAAGAGCGAGUUGCCCUGCUGAAUUCAGCAAUGAAAAAACCAAAGCUGAGUACGGUGACCGACACCCCUGUUGCUGUGGUGACCACACGCUCAAGGGAGGUGUACUUCUGGGGCGGAGGGAAGUUCACGCCCCAGAAAAUGGACAUGUUUAAAGGAGGCAGCAGUGCCCAACAUGUGUGUGCAGGCGAGAGCCACUUUGCAGUGGUGACAGUGGAAAAGGAGCUGUAUACAUGGGCUAAUGUCCAAGGCGGAGCCAAGAUGGUGGGCCAGCUGGGGCAUGGAGAUCAAGCCUCGUACCGGCAGCCAAAGAAGGUGGAGAAGCUACAGGGGAAGGCCAUUAGACAGGUGGCGUGUGGGGCCGACUUCACCGCAUGUGUCACCGAUGAGGACCAGAUGUACAUGUUCGGAUCAGACUAUUACGGCUGCAUUGGAGUGGAGGGUGAGCUCGGCAUGGAGAUUCUGGAGCCGGUGCUUUUGGAGUUUUUUGAGGAGCGGCCUGUCCGUCAGGUUUCGUGUGGAGACAACCAUGUGGUGGUCUUGACUCAGAGUGGGGACCUCUACUCCUGGGGCUGCGGAGAGUAUGGGCGUCUUGGCUUGGAAUGUGAGGAUGACUUCUCUUCUCCAAUGCAAGUGGAGAUCCCUAAAGGCGCCACCAUCUCCUCAGUGUCAUGUGGCAGCGAUGGAACCUUCUUUUUGACAGAAGCUGGAAAAGUCCUAGCAUGUGGAAACAAUGAAUUCAACAAGCUUGGUCUGAACCAGGGAAUCUCUGGUCUCAAGAACCACCCUGGAGAGGCUUACCAAGGGAUCCCAUACAUCACCACACUGACCUUGGCAAAGCAGCUGUCACGGUUCAAGAUCCACGCCAUAGCUCCAGGGAAGACCCACACAGCUGCUAUUGAUGAACGUGGUCGUCUCAUCACCUUUGGUUGCAACAAGUACGGGCAGCAGGGUGUGAAGGACUUUAAGAAACACCUGGGUGUCCAAGUCCUUGUUGGACCCUUUGGAGGGAAGAUAGUGACCAAAGUGUCUUGUGGAGAUGGCUUCACCAUCGCAGCCACUGAGGACAACCAGAUCUUUGCAUGGGGAAACGCAGGAAAUGGCCGACUUGGGAUGCCUGCUGAUAAGGGAUUUGGUUCAGAGGUGUGCCCUGCCAUGCCAAGGCCAAUCUUUGGUUCCCUUCACCACGUACCAGACCUUUCUUGUCGUGGUUGGCACACCAUUAUCAUAAUGGAGAAAGUGCUCAACUCCAAGACUAUUCGCUCUAACAGCAGUGGACUUUCUAUUGGAAGUGGAAUGGGCCAGGAGGCAUCUACUUCCACAGUGGAUCUGGACAUGGAACCUGGUUCAGAGACAGAGUGUCGUGAUAGGGGUCUUGGGGGUACAAUGGAGGAUAAUACAGAAGAGUGCUUCAUGGGGACCUCGAUGAUGUCAGCGACAAGUCAGACUGGGGACAGCUCCUGUCCUCUCUGGCUUAGAAAGGAGCUUGAGGAUGCAGAGUACAUCCCGAUGCCAGAAGGCUCUGAGAUACCAACUCCUGACCAGCUCUCUUCAUUCUCUGACAGCGUCACUCUACCAUAUGAGGAGCUGAAAGAGCUGAAGGCCGCGGCAGCAGCAGUCAGCAGUAAGAAAGGCCUAUCGACUAAACGAAUGAGCUGUGGUAAAGUCAACGGACUAGAGGAGGUUGAUGUCUGCAGAAAAGGAGAAUCGGGCGCAUGCUGCAAAGCAAGUAGCGAAGUCGCACAGCUGCAAGAGACAGUCACUCGCCAAGAGAUGAGGAUCCAGAUGCUUGAGAAGCAGGUCGACGAGCAGCAGAAGGAGAAUGAGCGGCUCUGGGCAGCAAUCAGUCGCUCAACGCUACGCGAAGCAGGAUGUGACAAUAACGGAAACCAUCACUCAGAUCGUAUGCCGGGUGACGGAGGAGGAAGAAGAGGUGGAUUCACAAACCAUGGGGGCCGAUCUGCAGGGGCCAGUGCUGAGUAUAAUGUGUUGAACACCAUGAUUAAAUGUUUGCCUAAAGAGGUCCAGGGUAAGCUUCGCUCCGGUGUCGCCAUCCCGUCGCUUCAGCAGUGCGUGGAGGAGCUUAUCCUGAACGGCAUCGAUGCCGAGGCGACCUGCGUGGGAGUCAGGAUGGACAUGGAGGCGUUCAAAGUCCAGGUGAUCGACAACGGUGCCGGGAUGAACGCCGAGGACAUGGAGUGCGUGGGAAACAGAUACUACACAAGCAAAUGCAGCUCUGUUGAAGACCUGGACAACCUCAGGUGGUAUGGUUUCAGAGGAGAAGCCCUGGCGAGUUUAGUUUCUCUGGCCACACUUGUUGAAAUCUCAUCCAGGACCAGAUCUUCAGUCAAAACACACGUCAAAAUCUUCAAGGGUGGCAAAGGGAUGGAUGUGUUUGAAGCAGAGACAGCACGACCCUCUGCGGGGACAACUGUUGUCAUUUGUAGCUUUUUCCACAACAUGCCAGUCAGGAGGAAGAGGAUGGACGCUGUCCUUGAGGGAGAGAGAAUAAGACACAGAUUGGAGUCUGUUUCUCUGAUGCAUCCCUCUGUGUCUUUCACCCUGAAGAAUGACUGCACAGGAGCCAUGAUGGUGCAGCUUCCCAAAGCUAGAAACACCUACCACAGGUUUGUUCAGAUACACAGCCUCGAUCGAGCACAGAAACUCAGGGAAAUCAGCCACGUGCAAGGGCAGUUCGAAGUGUUGGGUUACAUUGGCAGAGAGGGUCACUACAACAGCAGCUUACAGUUCCUGUACGUAAACGACAGACUGCUCCUGAAAACACGGAUACACAAGCUGCUGAACUUUCUCCUACGCAGACUAAGUUCAAAUCAGAAAAAUGACAGUCAAGAGUCUGCCAUCAGGAGUCCAAAGCACAAACGGAGCCAAGAGCUGCACGGAGUAUACAUCAUCAAUAUCAAGUGCUCUUACUCAGAGUAUGACAUAUGUCUUGAGCCUGCCAAAACUCUAAUAGAGUUCAAAGAUUGGGAUGGCAUUUUGCUCUGCAUAGAAGAGGCAGUGAAAGCUUUCCUGCGAAGGGAGAACUUGGUGUCUGUGUUUUCUCAAGAAGACCUGGACAAUGUGUCGCCCAAAUUGUUUGGCACUCACAAUGCAGUUGAAGAGAUGGACAACACCGGCAGUGGUGGCCAAGCAACAAGCAGUGCUUCCGCAGUAGAUUGCGAUAUUGGAACGAAACUGGCAUCUGAACCUGUUUAUCGUAAGCGCAAAGAUGACCGUGUAUGUGAGGAUAGUGUUUGUCAGGAGUCUGGUCUGAUGGAGUGCAACGAAGAACAACUGGGGCAGAAAAUAACUGCAAAUGAGUUGGCAGAGAUAGGAAGUGAAGGAAGCAUAAACAAAGAAUGUAGAGAUGAGCCACUGUGUGAGCUGGCUAGACUAGAGCCUGCAUCUGAUAAUAACAUUACUGAAGAAGGAGAGGAGCCAACAUUCAGUCAAACUGGGGAAAGCUCUCAGAUAUUAUGUACGUCAAGUUCAGCCAGACAACUAGAAAGUGAAAAACCGAAACUUUCAAAAGAAUUGGAGAUGGGAUUAAAUAACAUUAUAGAUACCUCAUCCACCAAUGUGACAUCACUAGACAAAAUUCAGCCUGCUUUAAACAUAAUUGAGCAAACAUUGCCAGGCUGCCAGGCUACAGGAGGGCAGGAACAGACUGCAGUAAGUAACAGAAAGAUCAGUCUGUCUGAUCCAUACAUUCACGAGAGUCUGCAGACUCGGGACCCGUCCCAAAUCAACAAGUCCGUAUUUCAGCAGCAAAUUUCUGCAUCAAAACGCAAAAUCUCGCUGGAUGCAGGCCUUGACAGAUCUUGUCGGAAACUAUGCAAAGACUUUACUGCUCUAAUUCCCUCAAAAGUUCCCAGAAUUGUAACUUGUCCAAAGUUAUUUUUAUGUAAGGAGUCUGGAUCUCUUGAGAAGUUUAGAAGAGUAUAUGGUAAAUCUGAUGAACUAAAAUUAUCCUCUCAAAGGACUCUCCAAAGCAAUAAUACUACACUGCCUCACACAGACAGAUUUAUUUUGAAUUCACAGAAUUUGUUGGUACUUCAGAAAGAUCAACAAGAUGUCGAUGUUACAGAAAAAGAUAAGACACGGAGCAGCCUCUCGGUUUCCACCACGUUAAAACCAGUUUCAGCACAGAAUAUAGGCAAAACGUCUUUGGCAGCAAAACUCUGCCACUUAAAACAACACAGGACGGACGAUUCAAAAGUAUUACCACAUCUGUCCAGGACUACCACACAGGACAAUACGUGUGUCAGUAUAAGUAAUGACGGCAUCCAAGACAGCAACAACGAGAAUCACUGUGAUGCUGCAGAGGAUCUUGAACCAGUGCCAGGUUCCAGUACAGAUCCUCAGCUGGAGGAGAGAGAAGAGGCGACAACAUCAGGUGACUGGCUGCAUCACUACGAUACAUCUGUGGGAAAGACGGUUUACGUCAACAGAGUGACUGGGCUCAGCCGAUUCAAGGUCCCGUCUACUGAAGAUGUGCGCUGUACAUCUGAUGUCACCAAUAUGGCAGUUAGUGUCAUCUCUGAAAUGGGGAUGGAAUACAGAUGUUACCCAUUUCAGGUGGAUCUAGUCUUACCUUUCCUGCCUAAAUCCAGGACAGACAGAGUGAUUAGCUCAGGGCUUGACAACAGAGAUGGCAAUAGUGAGAGCUCGAACUCACUUACCUCACUGUAUUCAAAAUGGAAUAACCCUGUGUUCAUCCGACCUCCUAUGGUCGGCGUGGACAUAUCAAGUGGGCAAGCUGACGGGCUGGCUGUCAAGAUUCACAACAUCCUCUUUCCAUACCGUUUUUCUAAGGAUAUGAUUCACUCGAUGAAGGUCAUUCAUCAAGUGGAUAAGAAGUUUCUUGCAUGUCUUAUUAAUACGAGGGAUGAAGAGCCUGCAGCACUUGCUGCAACAGAAGGAAACCUUCUGGUACUGGUGGAUCAACACGCUGCACAUGAGAGAGUUCGACUUGAAAAUUUAGUUGCAGAUUCCUACGAGGAUGACCCAGAGGCACCAGGGGAGAGACGUCUGUGUUCAUCAACUAUUCUGCCACCUGUUGAGAUCAGCGUAACAGAAGAGGAGCUAAGACUGCUUAGGUCAUGUCAGCCACAUUUGAGGAGUUUGGGCCUGGAAGUGAAGUUAUCACAAGUGGCAGAUCCACAAGUCAUUGUAGGGAAGGUACCACUGUGCUUUAUAGAAAAGGAGAGGAAUGAGCUCAGGAGGGGGAGACCAUCUGUUAUUAAGCCUAUAGUUGAGGAGUAUCUUCGAGAGCAGAUUGAGCUACUUCGCUCAACUGGUAGGGUGAGAGGAACUCUGCCUCUCACUGUGCUGAAGGUGCUAGCCUCCUUAGCAUGCCACGGUGCCAUCAAAUUCAAUGACAGCCUGAGUAGAGGUGAAUGCCACAGCUUGGUGGCAUCCUUGUCCUCCUGUCAGCUCCCCUUCCAGUGUGCCCAUGGCCGUCCAUCCAUUGCUCCUUUAGUAGACAUCCUCCAUUUGGACAAAGACCAGAAGGAAUCACAGAAACCCAACCUCCAAAAGCUGAGGAGAAUGUAUAAAGCAUGGGAACUUUAUGGAAAUAGAUAAAUGGUCUCACCCACCUGCCGGACAGAGUCUCCUGUCGGGACACUCUGCCAGAAGACGCCAGAAGAGGCGAGCUCUCCGGCUUCCUCCUCAGAGAGCAAUGCAAAG